AUAACACUCAGAGCAGUCAGGGUCGUAUCCAACAAGAUCAAAUGCGGUACGAAGGACUGGACUGUGUUGCCAGCAGGUACAUUUUAGAUUAUUUUGAUAUUCAAUUAAAAGGUGUGGUUUAGAUGAAAGCUAAAAAGAGUUGAUUCAAAAUAUAUUUUGGUGUUUUUGUGCUUAAAAAUGACUUUGCCUUGAUUUAUUUAGAUAACUAGUUCAAUUCAACAUUUAAGCUUGGGACUGAAAACACAAUUAAGUAGUUAAACAAUCAUCUCUAUGUAACAGCUACAUCCUAACCUUUCUUAAUAAAAAUGUGAAGUUGUAAUAGUGUCUCAUUCAUCUUUUUUCUUUAAACCAUUUGCUUUUAGUGCAUUGCCUGAAGAAAGUGGGAAUACCAUGUUUACUUCUGCACAGCUUGCCAUAACUCAUGAUAACAUGAGAAAGGUGGGUAGUAUUUUCAAACAUUUUUAAGUGCAAACCUAACUUCUCUUAGUGUAUUCAGCUGAUACCUAACUUCUCUUAGUAUAUGCAGUUGAUACCUAGCUUAUUCCAGUAUAUGCAUUUGAUACCUAGCUUCUCCUAGUAUAUGCAGUUGAUACAUGAAUUACAGUUUUAGAUAGGGGAAAAAAAGGGAUCAACUCUUAAAACUGUGUUACUCAUUUGUACGCCAUUUUAUUUCCCUUCAUGUCUCAGAUGUGGUCAAAGCUGAAAAUGUCCUCUGGCUUUUUGUUUUUAUAUUAUUCAUUAACAUAAAGUUAAGAAAAUAAAACAACUUUGCCUUUUCAACAUUUGACUUAUUUUUCCACUUUUUAAAUAAUUAUUAUAAUCAGUCUGUUAGGGUAUUUCAUCUGAAAUUAUUUCCUUUGUCAGCAAUUUUGCUAUUACUAUUAUGUUAGUUUAACUUUCACUAGAAAAUGCAACAAUAAAAAAAGUCAUUAAACACAGUGCUUUCUCUAAAGUGUAAAGUAUGUGAAAGUACUAUCAUUUCAGUGAAAUUCACUUAUAUUCUGAAUUAAAAUGAGCCACAUGUCUGAGCAGUUGAAAAAUUGGUAGACUUCUGGUUGUUUUCUGAUAUCGAAAAUGAUUUUGACAUGAUCUUUUGCUGAUACCAAAAUGAGCAAAUUAUGUUUUUUUUGUUUUAUUGUACUCUUCCAUCCACAGCACAUUCAGCUCUUGGCUCAAAGUUUUCUCUUGUUCCAUAAUACAGCAGGAGAACUUUCAAAUUUACCAAAUAAUAUGAUUGUAAGUAUGCACUAAUUAUUAAAAAAGUGAAACAAAUGCUGCAUGCUUAUUCAAAUUAAUAAUUUCUAAAUAUUGUUUUAUAAGGACUGUGAUUACCAGAUAAAGAUAUUGAAAUAGCUGUGCCUGAAAUAUAUAUUUGAAACCAUGAUGUCAAACUUUGUGUUAAAAUGAAAUAAAACGCUAACAUUAAAUAGAGCAACCCAUUAUCACAUGAUAAGAUUGAGAUAGAGCGAAAUGAAUGAAUAACCUUUUAGUAAUUUAAUUAUAGAUGGAAUUGGCAAAUUUUCGUGACAACUCUCCUGCCCUGCAUAGUUCUGUCUACAACGUAUGCAACCUGGAUCCAGCGCUACAACUGGUGGGGAAUGAAGAAUACAUUUUUGAAAAUAUUGGAUCAAGUAACGUUGGG